AUGGCACAGUUUUUAAACGAUCAACGGUUAGCUGUGGCGAAGAACUUUCCUGAUCCAGCCGGUGUGCCUCACCUCAAAACCCUGUUUCUGGCACUCGCCACUGAUUCUGAACUUCUUCAGCCUGGGACGUUUAAAGGGUUUGAAGGUCGGGCCACCCUGCUUCGUCGUGGAGACCCCGCUCCUGGGAGAACUGCCGCUUUACGACUAGACCGCCGUUCCGUCAACCACCCCUGCAAACCCCUACCCCCCCACGCCGAAAAAAACCAAACCACGACCCUCAAGGCCCGCUACCUUUUCCCUUUCGCCAAACCCCAAACCUACCCUCCCACGGGUUCGAACUGCACACAAUCCAACAACACAAACCCCAAACGACUACCUCUCAAACACUGCCAAUUCCCCGACCCACAAAAAGACUACUACCUCCCCGAUGACGCCAAACCCCCGCCCCGAAAAAGACUCCUCCUCCCCCCCACUGCCAAAACCCCCCCACCCCAGAUCGAUCUCCCCUCCAACACGCAAAACCACCACCCCAACCGCAAAGCGAUGCCAAACCCCCGCUUCCCCCAGCCGACGAAUCCCCGCCCCCACGCCCUCCCCACAACUCCAGCAAAGACCCCUACCCCCCCGCUGCAAUUAGGGCCCAAAAUACAGCCGGGGGGUCGCGAAAAACCGGAGGGCCUAGCCCCAAACCGGGAAAAACACGACGACGACGUGGGUCCAUAA